GGUUAGUGACACUAAAACAGAGCAUUUCUUUGCUUUGUUUGUGGAGGGUCAGGAAGAGAGUCAGGUAAUGAACGGUUUAUUUGAAAGUGGAAGAGAGCUUCAUACUGCAGUGUGGAUUAGCCACGUUAACAAAACUACAAACGGUAGUAUGUAUCACGCGCCUCACAACAAAAACUUGACCCAAUUCUCUACUCUGUCAUCAGCUCUCAUAGUCUCGUCCAUAGACCAAAUUUAAGCAAACCAACAGAAAACCCACAAAAACCCAGUUCGCAGAAACUCGUUUAGGAGGUUGGAAUUUAAAAAAAGAAAAAAAAAAAAAAACCGAUGUUGGUAACGGAAAUGGAGUUCAGGGAUUACGACGACGAUGCCUGGUACACCGUCCAGGUGAUUGUGGAGGGAGAGGGAGGAGAUUCGUCUCCCCCUGAUUCGGCCAGGCUCAGAGUGAAGUUUUGCGGCUUGGAAGGCCAGGCAGAUGCCGUUUUCCAUGCAAGCGAUUUGACCAAGUUGAGCUUCGACUUUAUCUCCGACUUCGAUUCCAGGUUCAGGACGCUCUCUCAACAGCUUCAGGACUCCGAGUGUUCGAGCGUCGUUACGGGUAUGAAAGUUUGUGCUUCCCAUAUCUUCAACAAUGACGACCUUCGCUUUUACGACGCCAUCAUUGAAGGGGUGGAUUAUCAAAAACAUUCUUUUGAGAAUGGAGAAGAAGAAUGCUCAUGCACCUUUGUCCUUUGCUGGCUACAUGGUCCACUUGCUGGACAAUUAACUGUUGAGAAAAUUGAAAACAUUUGCAGAAUCCAAUCUGGUGAGAAAAGAGAUUCAGCGGUGGCCUCUUUUCUAAAGAUAGUGAGGAAGAAAAUUGAAAUUGCUUGUAAUUCAAAUUCACUUCCUGGAGCUGAAGUUACAACAGGCAACACUACUGAUCAUCACACAGAAAUUGCUAUAUUGCGUACCGAGCACAGACGAAAAUUUUCUCACCAUUUAAAGCAGGAGACAAGGGUUACAAGGCAGCCUUUAAAUGAGACACAGUCAUCUAAAUGGACGAUUGACUAUCCUUCUGAAAGGACCGCACAAGACAGAGAUUUUGGAGGGAUGAGUAACCAUUAUUUGAUUUUUGUUGAGAAUCUUGAGAAAGAAUUGACGCCUGUACAAAUUGUGGAAUUUGUGCGUAAAGAAGUUUCAGUCUCAUGUCAAGCGUUUGUUUUUCCAAGUUUGUCAUCGGAAUUAUGUGCACGAGGAAAUAUUCUUGUGGACAGCAAAAAACAUUUUGAAAAGUUGUGCAACUUUUUGGACAAUCCUGAUCAAAUUAUUGUAUCUUCAAGAGGAAGGCCGUGGUUGAUAACCGAGAAAAUUUCAACGCAUGACACACUUAAAGCAUCAAUUGGAGCUUUGGUUCUUAAAUCUGAGAAAAUUUUUCAGACUACAAACAUCAGAACUACAAAUGAAUUGAAAUUGAAGAUUGUCCAUUCGGGAACUAAUGAAUACAGGAUGGCUAAACAACGAAGAGAUUUAUAUAAAGAAUUUUCUGAUCAUCAGCAGAGACUGCAGAAGAGGCUGUUCUUUGAAGAGGAAAAGAUCCUGAAGCUAUAACCAAAACACAAAGUUUAAAGUUUAGUUCCUUGUGCAUAUAAUUAGAAUGGUUGACAUUUCUCACAUGUUUUUUGUUUCUAAGUUGACAUAAACUUGCACGUUUUUGUUUCAUCAACUCUUGUCGACAUGCCAUAUACAUACUCCACCGAAAUCUAACAGGUUAAAGGAUGAAGAACUUCAGAACCGAUCUAUCUGAAGGGGGAAAAUUAUUUUGCAGUUUUGCAUGGUUUUUCUGCAUGCUGAAAGAUGAGUUUUUCUUGAUUUCACUUUAUCCUGUGAUCAAAGAUCCAUUGAUCCCCAAAAGUUUCUUUGUUAAGAAAAUGUGAAGAGCCCCAAAAGCAUGUGAGCACAUGCAUAACAUAUGCUUUAGCAUAACGAAUUCAUGUAUAAAUCGUGGCUGAUCUUUUUACUUUUUGUUGUGGCAACAAGGCCUUUUCAAGAA